CACGAUAACAAAAUUGGUGGGAUUAUCGAUUUCAUUGUUGCGAUUCAUUCAAAAUGGCGUCGAAAAGGAAGCAAGAUGACAAGCAUCUCAAGCAAUUACGGGAGAUGGUUAGCAGGGAACACAACAAAACAUGUUUCGAGUGUAAUCAGAGGGGACCUACAUAUGUUGACAUGACAAUAGGGACAUUUGUUUGUACAGCAUGUAGCGGAAUUUUAAGAGGCAUCAAUCCUCCACACAGGGUCAAAUCCAUCUCAAUGGCCAGUUAUACAGCAGCAGAAAUGACUUCCUUAGAAAAGAGUGGCAAUGAGGCUAGUAGGCACAUAUGGCUGGGCUUGUACGACUCCAAAUCACAGCCCGGUCCAGAGUCCAAAGAAGACGGCAAGGUGCGGGACUACCUGGUACAAAAGUAUGAGAAGAAGAGAUGGUACGUCGAGCCAAGCCAAGCCGCGGUCCUCGCGGCUGCCAAAGCCAAAGAGGCGUCGGAAAGUGCGGAGAGGAAAAGCACAAGCAGUUCACACAGUACACCGGAGCCCAAACCGCUCAAGUCGUUAAUAGGCAGCAACGCAGCACCGAUAAAAGUUUUACAGCCACCUGGUCACUCCACUUCCACACACAACAUUAGCAAACCUCCUACGCUAGCUCAAACUGCCAACAAACAGAAGUCAGUUGAUCUUCUGGCUGAUCUAGGGGGAGAUCCUUUCGCAAGCACAUCACAACCAGCAGCACAAGCAGGAGGCUUUGGUCAAGCUCCCUUUGGUCAAGCAACUCAGCAAUCACCGUUUGGUCAGCCAGCCCAACAAGCAGGCUUUGGGCAACAGCAGACACCGUUUACACAGGCUGCGUUUGGGCAACCGGCAGCCCAGCAGGGUGGGUUUGCUGAUUUCAACCAGGCUUUUGGAGGACCAGCACAAAGUAGCCAAGCCUUUCCAGAUAAUACCAACAAAGAAAGUUUUGCCACAUCCAGUAGUUCAGGAGACCUAGGCGACUUAUUCUUUUCCCCUCAAACCUCCCAACAGAAUGAUCCAUUCAUGCCAGCUCAACCAGCUGCAGGGUCUGCCCCCUCUACCAACAACUUUGGGGCAUUUGAGUCGGCGUUCGCCCCCCAGUCUGCCCCUGUCCCUGUUGUCUCCUCCGCCCCCCUCAACCCCACCGUGCAAGGUUUACAGGGGCUCUCCAUCGCCAACGCAAGUCCUCCGUCAGGGGGCGCGGCUGGGUCAGUAGGCUCGUCGGGUGGGGACAAGUACGCUGCAUUCGCUUCCCUGGACAGUACUCCGCCCCAGGAAAGUGCCAGCGUCAACUGGAGCGGAGGAGGAGGAGGGGGUAGAAGUGCAUCUGGUGUUAUCGACUGGGGUGGUGGUGGUAGUAGUGCAGCUCCUCCCAAGACUUCAUCUAGCUCUGGAUUCGAUUGGGCUGGAGGGAUGGCCAAGUCGUCACCGCAGGCGUUUCCAGGAACAGCCAGCGCAUCAGCCACAUCAUUAGGGACGCCGUCCACGUCUUCAUCACAACUGUUUGGCUCAGCACCUUUUGGUGCACAGCAAGGAGCACCGCAGGGUAAUCCCUUCAUGGCUAUGUCUUCAAGCGGUGCUACCCAACCAACAAGUACUAUGGUAAACAACCCUUUCCUAGCAGGCGGAACCCAAGGGGCUCCUGCCCAAGCAAACGGACUCUUUGGUAUGCAGCCAGCUGGAGCUCCAGGGAUGCCUGCACAGAACCCUAUGAUGAUGCCAGGAGCAGGUGGAGCCUUCAACCAGCAAAUGCCUCAGCAACAACCUGGAGCCAAUAUGCAAAUGAAUGGAAGAGUAGGGGCAGGGUUUCCUCCUCAAGGACAGUUUGGCGCGGCUGGUGGUUUUGGUGCCAUGCCUCAAGCUCAAGGUGUGAUGCCUAAUCAGUUUGCGAUGGGUAUGCCAGGAGGUCAGCAACCGCAGCAAACCCCUCAAGGAGGCUUAGGAUUUGGGGGUGCGGGUAUGGCCGCAAUGGCAGGACUACAGUUUAAUAAAAUGGGCCAACCACAGCAGCAGCCGAUGGGACAGUUUGGUGCACCUCAACAACCUACGCCGCAAGGUCAGCAACAGAUGGCUGCAUGGGGAGCAGCACCUAAUGCAGUACCACAACAGAAUCCUAUGGCUCCUAAUCCUUUCAUGAUGCAAGGGGGAGGAGGGUUCGGCGCCCAAGCUGCCCUUCCACCAAAGAGCAGUAACACCAGCAAUCCAUUCCUCUAAUCAUCACAUCACCAACCAACCCACCUACAUACGUCUUCAUCCAUCGAGACUAGACCUUAGUAUCCCUAGAAGAUGGCCAGUCCAGCCCCCUUCCAUUUGAGAACAGCCAGGAUUGGGUCAUUAGAGAGAACAGGACUUUGCUGGAUGCAACUGGAAUCAACUGGAAUCAACCGGAAUCGGCUGGAAUGAACUGGAUUCAACUGGAUUCAUGAUAUUGGUGUUGUGGAUGGAGCCCUUAUGGCUGCUUUGAGUGGUGUUAGAGGCUCUUCUGUGGUGGACAUGUUGAUGUCCUACACCCAGUUGGCUCCAGCUUCAAGAGAUCAGGGGGUGUUUCACAAAAUCAGUGACAAAUGACAGUUUCUGUUAUAAGCUACUGAAAUCCUUGCUUCUGAUUGGUUAUCAGCAGAUUUGUCAUUGAUUUUUGUCAUUUGUCAUUGAAAAAAGGCUUUGUGAAACAGGUCCCAGGAAUGCAGGUUAUAUGAAAAUAGAACUGUCUGUAGAUGUGAACUGAAAUUGCAGACCUGGAUGGAAGAAAAAGAGUCUCUGUUCCAAAUCCCAUCUUUUGACACAACUAAGAGAUAUUCCUAGAAUCAUUAUGCCACUGACGUUGUCUGUAGUUUCUAGCAUAGAAAAAACAUUAUUUCCCCUUUUCUCUACCCUCUCUCUUGUCCUCCUCUUUCCCUCUUUGUGACUGCAGUUAUUCUACCAAUACCAAAUGAAAGCAGGAGAAAAGGGCCAGGCACAUAUCUCCAGUUAGAAAUGACAAUCUCGAUGAUUAAAAUUGGUCCAUUUAGAAAAGAUACUGGAUAUCAUGGUUGCCAUUUGAUUAAUGCAAUGAGCCUUCAGCAUCAAUUUUUCUAUGACUCAGUACCCUUUCUACAGUGACCAAAUUUAUUAUUAUGGUUAUCAUUAUUGAUAUCAACUACACGUGACAGGACAUCAACCAGGUAAAUUGGUUACAAUAAAAGCACAAAUUUAACAGUGAAUUGUCUUUAGGAAUGAUUUGUCUUCUCUUUUUCUUAUUGAAGCCAACUUCACUAAUUCUAGAAAUGGUAAUCAAGGACCUAAAUGUUCGGAUUCUGAUCGAAGCAAAAGAUACUUUAAGCCUGCAAGAUAGAAAUAUUUGUACACAGCGUUUAGAAAUGUGAUAUUCUAACCAAGAUCUUCAUUCGGAUAUUCCAUACACAGAUUAGAAUACUAGAUAACACCCCAUUGUAUAUCAUCAGUAUUUGAAAUUAAAUUCUGCUCUCUUUUUUCUGUUGUUAUCAUACCAAGGCUUUAUUUUUAUUUUUCUUCUAUUUAUUGGCGCUUCCACUAUGUUGUCUCAUUGACCACCAAGCAUAAAUGUGCUUUAGUUGGAAUUAUAUGAAUGUAUGAAAACAAAACAAUAUCUCACAUAUCCUGUAGGCAGCCUCUUUAUAAUAAUAUAAAUGUGAUAAUAUUACAUAAUUUAGAAAACGCCUUUCCAUAAGAUACAGAGCCCAUAAAACAGAAGUACGAGAAAGGAGAAGAGCCCCUUAACUUGCAGCUAAGGAUGGUGUUGAUGUAUAAACGUUAUCUAUGAGGGCUUGAUUUCAGAAAGUGUGGUAUAAAGGCAAAGUUUAGUGUCUAAGACUAUCAAUGACAUAGAAAAUCUCCAUGACACAGUUAAGCAGUUUAUUGUGUAUCAGACCUGAUAAUCAAGAUUGCUGGAUAUGCCAACUAUUAGCUAAUUAUUAAAACAUAUUUUGAAUAAUGUCAUACUAUUGCAAACUGUAUGUGCUAGGGGCUUUUGCCUAUUCCAUGUGUCAUUCAGUCUUGGUAACACUAAGUUUGCAUGAUGUUAGGAUAUGCCUCUUUAUGAUGAUAGCGCUUGGAGUUCAUUCAAUAUUGCUUGCAUAGAAAGAAAUACAAAUGUCAAAGCUCCAGGGUCACCAGAAGUACACGUGUAUCAGACUUUGGAUCAAAGGUCAUUCAUGAUAUUGGUAAAAGUCAAAAAGAUGGUGAAGUAUGUUCACCUCAUUUUAUUAUUUUCUCAACCCUCUUUUAAAUCAAGGUACACAAUCCUACCAAAUUUGGCUCUGAAAUGCCUGCAAUUUUUGUUUGAUUAAAUAGUCGACAUGUUUUUUAUAAAUUUUGUCAGGUACAAGACAUAACUAGUAUCUGUUAUGGCUGAAUAUAUCCUUAUUUAAUCUUGCAAGUAAAAUUGUAUCUAAGCUUGAAAAGUUUUGCCUGCAUGAUUCUGUCUUUUUACACCAAGUAAUUCUCUAGAGAGAGAACACUAAAGAGAUAAACAUUGAAACCCCUCCCGCCAGAUCGUCAUCUAUGAAAUUAAUCUUUCAAGGCUAUUUGAAGAAAACUUCUUGUUGAAGAAAAGGCGCCUUUCCAAUCAAUUCCAGAUCUUGACCAAUAUUCUGUGGCCUUGUUGAACUUUGAAAGUACAAAUACCAAAUGAAUCCAUACACAGUGUAGUAGAAACUUCAAAUUGUUAACAUAGGAUGAUAAAUGUAUUGUAGUUAACACGAGUUAAGAGGUUUUACCAGUUGAAUUUGAGGGAUGUAUUUUUUAAUCUCGAGAAACUUGAGAAGAGCAAUUGGUAGUUUUAAAUUACUACAGAUGUUGGUCAUCAACAUAAUUGUAUUCUAUUCCAGGAAAAUUGCAGUUUGGUUGAAACUGAAGAAUUAUUAAUCACUUUUAAUUGCAAUUAUCACAUGGGCAUGAAUUUUUAACACUAGAAAUGUAGAUUUGGAGGCAACAGUGAAAUUCUAAUUGAUAUGAGACAGUAUAAAAUAUGAAAUGAGAAUCAUUCCUUUAGAAAACCUAGAUGGUUCCAAACGAAGUUGUCUUUUCUGUAGGAUAUUGUCCAUAUGUGUUACGUUUGUUUCAUUUUCAUUGCUAAGGGGCUCUUUUUCUCCUUUUUUUGUUUUUUCGCUGAAAGUAAAACUUUAUUCAAAAUGCUGUAUAUAUAUAUAUAGCAUUUGGUAUUUGAGCUUAAAAGAGGCCGAUAUUUUGAUACUGUGUGUGCAUAAAUACAUUUUAACAAUUUGUUAGGGCCUGGUCCUGAAUCCCUUGCGAGCAGAAUCUUUAUCUCUCUGUCAGGUUAGAUUUUCAAUUACAGUCAAACUUGUCUUGGCGGCCACCUCCCUAUAAAGGCCACAAUGAACAUCCAUGUAUUUUGUCUCCCUCAAGAAACAAAUGCAUGUUGUAAAACCUGUCUACAGUGGCCACUUUUUCUGUUUCCCUUGGAUAUCCUUAAUAGACAGGUUCGACCAUAUUAGAAAAAGGUUUAAUAGUUUAUUGUCUGUUUGGAGCGAGUAGGCUGUUUACUCUGAGUAACAUAGAAAUUUACCCUCUUGUGGCUCCAAACAGACUUAAGUAUAUUAUUAUUAAACUGUCAAACAAUAUCCCAUCUCCGUUCAUCUGUCUAGAAAUUACACGGUUUUGAUCUUGCUUUAAAUGAAAAUGUGGUAGGUUAUCAAGAUGAUAUAUGUAAGCAACCCAGGCUAGAAAUUCAAUAUCUAUUCAUACAAAUUAUACUCAACCCAUUAGCCUCUGAUUUAUUGUGGCAUUGUGCUGGAGAUCAACUGUUGCAUGACAGCUUUACCAGAGCAUAACCUACCUGGGCCCCUUUUCAUAAAGAGUUGUGAUUGGUCUGAAUCAAUUGCAAGUCCUUCAAUCAAUCGCAAGUUUACAAUCAAUCGCAAGUUUACAAUCUCCUGUCUCUUAAAUACAUAGUUGCGAUUUAUUUAUUAUUCGCAAAUAAAUAUCAACUCUUUAUGAAGCGCAGCCCUGGUUACAUAGGCAUGUUAUAAAACCCAUCCUUUUUAAUAUAUCAAGUUAGUUAUCUCUUGCCUAGUAUAUAUUUAUUCCUAAAUGACCAAUAACCCCUUUUAUGAAUUAUCCAUUAGUUAUGCAUCAUUAGCACCAACAUUAACCCCAUUUUCUAAUCUCAUUUUGAUAUUUACAAGUCCAUUAUUAACAUUAUAUUUGGCUCAUUUAUUGUGUAACUUGACAGUAAAUUAUAUUUCCGAAUAUCAUUUAACCAUUUAUGAUUAUCUGUCAUUCAAGUAUUUAUAUGUUGUUCAUUUUCAUUUUAGUAUAUAUUUUUGAAUUGUCAUCUCUCCUUUCUAAACACCCCAGUACUUUAUAUGUGCUGCACUAAGCUCUUCAAGACGGCACAUAUAUUUACAUUUUUGUUCAUGGAGCUUAUGUUUAGCAUAUACUGUAAAGGAAUUCAUAUAUAUUUUGUUUAUUAAAAUGCUUAUUUAAAUUUUGUCAUAUGCUGUACAUGUAUAAAUUAAUUAACAAAUGUGUAUUAAUUUCUUGAGAAUGAUCACCAUCGAGGUGUGAUGAUCGUAUCUUUGUCUAAUCCAAAUUCAUGUACAUGGUUUAUAGAACUUUUUUUGGAAUGGAGAAUGGUUCUGUGCACUCGGAGGCUAGCUGUAAAAUGUGCGAUAUAUGAAAUAAAAUGUUCUUGUUCUUUUACAUA